UGUGAGCCUCCUGACGGACGGGGUGGGGAGCUGACUCCUGCCCCUUGCCAGUCGGAUGCGGUGUGACCUGAAAUUUGGGAUCACUGAUGUGUUUGGGAGUGUGCUCCUGCAGCACCCUCUCAUUUCCUGGAGUUAAGUUUUGGUUUCGCGUGUAACCCGGUUCUGUUUGGGAUUCCUCAGAGGAAGUCGCUGAGCCCAGCAGUUCCCUGCCUCUGGGGCUGAGCCGCGACCUGUUCCUGAGUUGGUGUGUGUUGCCUGAAGUCACUGUCUUCUUUGUCGAUCUUUGUGGCUGUAUCCUGGCAGCAGGUUAUUGACUGGAAGGUGUGGGAUUGAUGGUGUCUGAGCUGCUGGGAUCACUGAACAAUGGUGCAGAGAGGACCCCUUCUGCUGUUGGCUUUUAUCUCUGUACAUCUGACCGUGACAGAACCAGCCAAGAUCCUGACGGUUAUCCUGAUCGGGGGGAGCCACUAUCUGAUCUUCGACGAAAUUUCCCAAAUCCUUCAUGACAGUGGGCACAGUGUGAACAUGCUGGUGCAGCUCGGCAUCCCCAGGAUCAAAGGUAUCAACUACACAAGCAGAAACAACAGUUACCGAGUUACCUCCUGGUCAGGAAAUGAGGAAUACAUUUCCAGCUUCAACAAUUGGUUCCUGGAGCAGCAGAAAUUGUUCUUUGAGGGAAGAGACUCUCUCCGUGAUUUUCGGGAUCUGAUGGGCCAUUUCGCUCUGCAGUGCGAGAUGAUCCUGAAUGACACCCGUCUGAUGGAUUCCUUAAAGGCAGAGCAGUUUGACGUUGCGUUGAUCGAUGCGUUCAAUCCCUGCUCCUUCCUGGUGGCAGAAAAACUCCAAGUCCGCUUUGUGUCUGUCCACGGGGGCAACUUUGUGAAUUGGUAUCUGGCCGAUCUCCCAAGCCCUGUGUCGUACGUCCCUGCGUCACGCUCCAUGCUCUCGGAUCAGAUGGGAUUCUGGGAGAGACUGAAGAAUUCCGCCAUGUUCCUGGGUGCUUUGCUCGUAGAGAGACUAUUGUUCGCACAGUUUGAUCGGGUGAUCAGGACAUGUUUCCCAGACGGAUCACAGCCCACCCUCUCAGAGCUGUACCUGAAAGCUGAGCUGUCAAUCUUUAACACUGAUUUCGCCCUGGAUUUCCCAAGGCCACUGCUUCCCAAUAUGGUGUAUGUUGGAGGUUUGCUUUCAAAACCAGCUAGACCACUCCCCCAGGAGCUGGAAGAUAUUAUAUCGACAGUCGGUGACGAAGGCUUUGUGGUGGUGACGUUCGGGUCAAUGCUAGCCUCUGUCAAUCAGCGGGUGGUGCUGGAGGAGCUCAAUGCUGCUUUCUCAUGGAUCCCACAGCUGGUUAUCUGGAGGCAUCUACACAAACAUUGGCCAAGUGAAGUCCUUCCUGCUCCUAAUGUCAAGCUGGUGGAUUGGCUUCCUCAGAAUGACCUGCUCGGUCACCCUAAGGUUCGUCUCUUGGUGACCCACGGUGGCCUGAACAGUCUGCUAGAAGCGGUCUACCAUGGUGUGCCAGUGAUUGGAAUCCCACUGUUUGGAGAUCAGUUCGAUAACAUGGUGAGAGUAGAAGCAAAGGGCUUUGGUUUGACCGUCCAAGUCAACCAGCUGCAGGCACUAAGCAAUGCCAUGGCAAAGGUUACAGGAGACAAGAGGUACAAGGCUUCAGCAAUGACUGUAAGUCGCUUGCAUCGCUCACACCCAUUCCCCCCUCGCCAACGCUUGCUGCGAUGGGUGGAAUAUAUUGUGGAGCAUGGAGGGAGUCACCUUCGAACAUAUGGCUUACAGCAGCCCUGGUACCAGCGCUACCUCCUCGAUGUCAUUCUGUUCUCCCUGGUGAUGGUUUCGAUGAUGAUUUACAUUGUCACCAAGUUGGUGAAGUUUGCCAUGGAUCGGCUGCGCAGUGGAGGGAAAUCAAAAGUAGCUUGAAGUGACUUUGAUCACUGACCAAUGAACUCCAAUACCUGUUCAGAAUCUUGGAACAAAAUUUUAACUUCUUUUUGUUGGUAUUUUAUCGUGCACUGUAAUCAUGUAAGGAAACUGUAAUGAACUAUGUUUAAUUUUUGUGGUAUGGCUGAUUGAAAUGUGAAUUCCUUACCCGGGAACACUCAGUGGAUUGUAAUAGCUGAUGCUGUUGUAAUUUGGGGAGGUGAACAAUUUGAAAGUUUUCUGGGAAAUGUAUAAAUUGACCUGAGAAUUGUUACAACAUAGAGGUGGACCUCUCUGUUACUAAAAUCCAAACACCCAGAAAAGUUCAUCUCUACUCAUAAUCUGUUAAAAUAUGAGUGACAGGGAACUUGGCAAAUUCCACUAUUUAAAGAAAAUAACAUCAAUUUAUCUUUUAGCUCUAAACGUGAACAUUAAGCAACUAUCCACAACUCUGAGCUCCCCCUCCUCUCUUAACCGCUUACAACCCGCCUCCAACUCUACAACAACAUGCUGUUCCAAUUAGACACUUAUUAAAAUUGCAUCAACUUAAUUUCAAAGCCACGCAGCCGAUAUCACCUUCUGUGUCUUCCUUCUUCCAGCUGAAGAUCUCCCUGGCUCGUCCUCUUUAUUUUUACAGCGAGUAUGUUUCAUAUGAAAAGGUGCCCUCUGAUUGAGAGCGUUCCCUAAUUUCUUGGGUCUCUCUCAAUGGCAGUUGCUCUGUCUCCGAUUUUCAAACGCCUGCACCUUUAUAUCCCCAACAUCGGAUCGUCUCAGUAAACGCUAAAACCGUUGCAGUAGUUAACACUGCUUUUAAAUUCUCAAAUGCCUCCUGGCAUUGUUCUGUCUAAUGAAAUUUUGUGUUUGUCUUUAGUAAAUCUGUUAGCAGAGCUGCCACGCUGCUGAAGCUUGGAACAAACUCCCGGUAGAAUCUAAGUAGUCCCAAAAAUUGAAACACCUCUUUCUUCGAGGAUGGUUGUGGAAAUUGUGGAGGAUAGUAGAAUCAAGGGUUAUAGAGAUAAGACAAGAAGAGGAUACUAAUUAGGAAUGAUCGGCCAUGAUCAUAUUGAAUGGCGGUGCAGGCUCGAAGGGCUGAAUGGCCUACUCCUGCUCCUAUUGUCUAUUAUCUAUUAAAUUCCUCAAUGGCCUUCGUCUUUGCGUCCCAUGGGGUCAGCCUUCCAUGACCGAUGUUAUGUCCCAAGAAUGUCACCUCUGCCUUCAUGAAUUCUGUUUUCUUUACAUUUAUUACCAGUUUUUAUUGUCGUAAGUGUUCAAACAGCUCUGGCAACUGUACCAUGUGAUCUUUCCAUGACUCGCUAAAGGUCACUACAUCAUCCAGAUAAACUGCACAAUUUGUUAAUCUGGCCACAACUCUAUUCAUGAGGAUUUGGAAUGUGGCUGGUGCGUUCUUCACUCCAAAGGGCAUCUCUUUGAAUUGAUACCUGCGACACAACAUCGUGGGCUGAAGGGCCUGUUCUGUGCUGUACUGUUCUAUGUUCUAUGUUCUAUGAUAUAACCCAUUGGGGUUACAAACGCUGAAGCUUCUUUCGCUUUCUCUAAUAAAGGAACCUGCCAGUAA